UAACUGUUACUUGGCGUUCACUCGGUCGAGACUCGUCACCCGCGGCGUGUCGCACCGCAAAAUAAGAACGCGGCGAGACAACUCAUGUUUCACUCCCGGUUGGGGUUCUCAAUUCACCUUAUGUAAUCAGGUUGCCUACGUGCGAACCAAAUAAUCCACUUGAAAAACCUUAUUAGAUACUUUCAUCAACAAAAUCAUACACAAGUGUGCGCUUAAAGUCUUGUAAGCGACUUAUUAAAAUCUUAUGAAACGUCUCGUUUAAAAAUUAUUUCGUGUGUUUUUCUCACUGUCAAUUCCUCGGCAGAUCUCUGUCCAGAGGUAGGGUAAAGUUUGACAGUGUAAUUGUGUCUUGUCUAAAUUACUGGGAUUGUAAUGAACAAUUCAUUAUAAAUGCGGUACCGGAAGACCACGGGUGCUUCUUGUGCGUAUCGAUCACUCGUGCGAGAGACGUGUUAGUCGUGCAAGGUGAGUCACAUAAGGGAGAUCAAGUUGCCAGGCGAGACGGAGCCUCGCCUGUCAAUUGCCGCAGGCAGAAUUCUGCACAUUGUCUAGCCGUAUCUUUGUGCGACGAAAAUGCGCGGUGUCACGGAAAGAACGCCUCUGAGGAGAUCCACGGAUUCGCCGGAUUACGUCGAGUUCGCCAGCCUCCUGAGGACCCGGAGAACGCGGCUCCGACAGUUCCAAUGCUGCGUCUGCGGCAUUCUCAUAGUGGUUUUCACCAUGGCUCUCGUGGUGUCCAUCAGCUAUUCCAUGAGCCAUACCAACUCCACCGAUCCCGCGAACGACAACGCAACGUUCCCCGGCAAUUUAGGCAACGUCUUAAGAUUGGAACUGGCACCUGGAUCUCCCUCGCACGCGGCCUUCAGCAGCACCGCUAGUGCCACUGCCGGGCCCAAUACCGUCCUGAUGUCUAACGAGGACGUAGACACCCCGAAGAAGCGUCUCAGCCAGCUAGAAUACACGCAGGGAUUGCGAGCUGGCGAACGGGCGAUGAGGGAUCGUUUAUCCGCGGACAUGGUCGCCGCGAAGUCACCGUUGCCAUCUCCGUCCCCCGAAUCCAGACAUCGCCACGCCGUGAGCACGUGCUCCAAUGUUAGCACCCUUGCUUUAGCAGCGGUAGGUGAAAUCGCGGCGACGAGACUGAUUGAGAAAAUGAGGUCCAUCCACGAUGAACCGUCGGCGAUCGACACCUUCUUCGACAGCGGCUGGUUGCCGAAAAACGUAUGCGAACGAUACUUGAAUCGCACCUGCAAAACCGGCAGGUAUCGAACCAUCGAUGGCAGCUGCAAUCGGCCGAGAGGAUGGGGCACCAGCAUGACGCCCUUUCGAAGAGCCCUACCACCCGAUUACGCCGACGGGAUCGAGUCGCCUCGAAAGGCACAAUCCGGGAAGGAGCUGCCUUCCGCCAGGGAAGUCAGCCUGAAGGUGCACAAACCCUCGGCCAGCAGCAAUCCGUCCUUCACGGUGAUGCUGGCGGUGUUCGGCCAGUUUCUGGACCACGACGUCACCGCGACCGCGCUCAGCCAGGGUGUCAACGGAAGUUCCAUAGCGUGCUGCCCGCCGUCGGGAGGACGACAUCCCGAGUGUUUUCCCGUGCGAGUAGGCGCCGGCGAUCCUGUGUACGAUCUGACUGGCAGAACCUGCAUGGACUUUGUGAGAUCGGCGCCGGCCCCGCGAUGCAAGCUCGGUCCCAGAGAACAGCUCAAUCAGGUGAGCGCCUUCAUCGACGGUUCGGCUAUUUACGGCUCCGACAAUGAGACCGCCCGUGACCUGCGCGAGUUCACCGGCGGCCGUUUGAGGAUGCAGCUCACUCCCGACAACAGGACUCUGCUGCCGCCGAGCACGAAUCCCAAUGACGGCUGCAACCGGGAGGCCGAGCGGCGCCGCGGCCGCUAUUGCUUCGCCGCGGGCGACGCCAGGGCGAACGAGAACCUGCACCUGACCACGAUGCACCUCCUCUGGGCGCGACAGCACAACAGGAUCGCGAGCGAACUGGCCAGGGUGAAUGCUGCUUGGAGCGACGAGACGCUCUAUCAAGAAACGCGGCGCAUCGUUGGCGCUCAGUUGCAGCACGUCACGUAUCGCGAAUUCCUGCCGGUUGUUCUGGGCGACGAGAGAAUGAACGAGCGUGACUUGAAGCUCCUCAGGUCGGGCUACAAGAAGCGAACGCACGAUCCGGACGAGCUGGAGAACGACCCGACGGUCGCCAAUCACUUCGCGGCCGCGGCUUUCCGGUUCGCUCACACCUUGCUACCGGGGUUGAUGAGAACGACGGACGCCGAGAAGGGCGCGCCGUCCUACACGGAGCUGCACAGGAUGCUCUUCAACCCGUACAGCCUCUACGCCGCCGAUGGGAUCAGACGUUCGGUUACCUCGGCCAUGACCAAUGUUAUUCAGAGGUACUCGACACACGUGACUUCGCAGCUGACCAGUCAUCUCUUUGAAGACCCCCUGGCCAAUUCCACGGUACCAUGCGGCCUCGACCUGGUGUCGUUGAACAUUCAGCGAGGACGGGAUCAUGGAUUGCCGGGAUACGCUAGGUGGCGGGAACAUUGUGGUCUGGGAAAGGUGGAAACUUUCAGCGACCUCGAAGGCCACUUGGAUCAUCAGGCUCUGGAACAGAUAUCGAUGCUCUACGAGAGUGUCGACGACGUGGAUUUGUAUACCGGCGCGUUGGCGGAAAUACCGGAGUCGGGCAGCUUGAUCGGGCCUACGUUCGCUUGCUUGAUUCUCGACCAGUUCGAGCGUUUGCAAAAGGGAGAUCGUUUCUGGUACGAGUUUUCCGACCAACCGUAUCCUUUCACAGAAGAUCAGCUCGUGGAGAUACGCAAGAGUUCCCUGGCAAAGUUAAUAUGCGAUUGCUCUGACGGAAUCACGCACGCUCAGAUGAGAAUUAUGCGUUCUGUUGGUCCUGAUAACCCUAUGGUAUCAUGCGAAGAUCUACCAGGACCUUCCUUUGCACCGUGGAAAGAAAAUCACGCUUCCGAUUCAUCGUAGCACUUGAAACUUCAAACAUAAAGCGUAUAUGUAUGUGUACAGGGUACCUCGAAACUAUUGGAUAAACUUUUAAUAAGAAAUUCAUUGAGCAAUUUAAAGACUUUUCUAAUUGUUCAAAGAACAUUUGUCAACUUAAACGAAGCCAAAUAGAUAACAAAAUUACGUUCUUCACUUUAUUUCAAACGGUGUUUACUAUAAACAAUAUAAACACGUGAUAUUAGAAAUUAGAAAGUUGCAAAAAUAAUUAUAUUCGACGGCAUUUUUUAAAAGAAUAUAUAUAUAUAUAUAUAUA